UUACUUUAAAUGUAUAUGAGGCAAAUAAAAAAAGUGAAUGUUAUAUGUGAUAUAACAGUUAGGGCUUUUCACACUGCGCUUAACACUAGGUUAUCUUCAUUCUAAACCCCAUCUUUUAAUCCUAGGUUAAGGAUUGUUUUUAACUUGUACUUUAUAAGCAUGAGGUAUUCCUUUAAAUUAACCCAGGGUUAUGAAACCCUGCUUGGAAGCAGGGAUAACCCUGCAGCGUGCUAUUUUAUUACACUCAGUUUCACACAGCAAAUAUGCAAAUGAAAACGUUAAUCCAGGGUUUAGGAAUGGACAGUGUGAAGCAUCAGUUUAUGAAUACCCUUUAAACCCUGGUUAAGUAUGAACAGUGAGAAACACAUAAACCGGGAUUCCGUUAACCUGGGGUUUAGAAUAACCCGGGGUUAACUAUUUUCAAGUGUGAAAAGCCCAGGAAUGAGUAUUCUUCUUUUUCUCUUUUACCUCAUAGGUGAUUUUUACCUCUAUGAAGCAGAUCAGAUCACACUAUAUGAUGUCACUAUACAAUGCUUUCUGUCACGUGCACCACACAGACCUAUAGAGUUGGCGUGGUUUAAGGAGACAGAAUGCAUUUGUCUUUAUAAGAAUGGACAGGUGAUAAAGGGGAGGGGUUAUGAGAACAGAGUGAGUCUGUUUCCUGAACAGCUAAAGAAAGGAAAUGUGUCCUUAACACUACAAGGCUUCAAAAAUUCAGAUGCUGGAGAUUACACAUGUCAAGUCACCGAUGGAGGCAGAACAAAGCAGAUAACAGUAAGAGUAGGAAAAGAACGCCUUUUGUACAGAAUUCAGAAUAUGGCCAAUAAUAUAGUAGUUGGAGCAUUGGUGAUGCUACUUGCAGUAGUAAUAGGAGCCGCAGCAGCAAUAGGAGCAGCAGUAGUAAUAGGAGCAAUAGUAAUAGCAUCAGCAAUACUAACCAACAUCACUUUCAUGAUUAUAAACAGGCAAUGGAGUCCGCAUGAGACACAGAAAAUGGAAAGGACUGCUCUGUUUGCAGAAACACAGGCAAGUCUUAAUGAAAGAGAUAAAAGGAUUGAAGACUAUUGCAAACAUCAACUGGCUGUACUGAAAAUUGAACUGCAGGAAGAGAUCAAAGUGCUAGGAGAAGGUUUCAAACAUCAACAGGACACACUUAAUGUGAAACAACAGGAAGAGAUGAAAAUGCUACGAGAAGAUUUCAAACAUCAACUGGCCACACUAAAGGUGAAACAACAGGAAGAGAUCAAAAUGCUUUCAGAAGAGAGACUAAAUAAUAACUCCUUGAAGAUCAAUAGGGUCCUCGCACCUCAGUGCUCGGGCCCUAAUAAGAUCCAAUCUUCAAACACACCAGGAACUGUGUAUACGAAUUCUGUUCCUUUGCCGCCUCACUUUAACGGUGGACGGAAAGCAGGUGACUUUGGUGGAAACUCCUGACAGGUUCUGCUCUAGAUUGUCUCUGGAGGAGGUGUGGAGAUGAAAAUGAACAGCAGUUUAUAUCUGUGACACAACCCCCAUUUCCUUUUCAGAAGAAACGUCUCGGUUACGUAUGUAACCCUCGUUCCCUGAAGGAAGGGAACGGAGACGUCACGUCGUGACCGACGAAUUG